AUGGUGCAGACGUACGGCGCAGUGCGUGCCCACAGCAAUGGUGUAGACAUAGAACGUAGAGAUGGCGCUAGAGAAGGGGAUGCCCUCCUUGGUACAGAAGCGAGUCCGAAGCCUCUGCAUGACGGACAGGCGUCGUUGGCAAGCUCUAUUGGUAAUCUUGCGAAUACCAUUAUCGGCAGCGGAAUGCUCACCUUUCCAUUGGCAAUGGCAUCCUCCGGUAUUAUACCAGGCAUGAUUACCUGCCUCUUCUCUGGAGGAGUCGCGGCGUUCGGUCUAUACCUACUAUCCCUAUGCGCGGUCAAGGCACCACAUCGCAGGGCGUCUUUUUUUACCGUCUCGGAGAUUACGUUUCCUCGUGCGGCCAUUUUCUUCGACGCUGCUAUAGCCGUCAAGUGCUUUGGUGUCUCGAUUAGCUAUCUCAUCAUCAUCAAGUCUCUCCUUCCCAACGUCUUAGCUGCUUUCUAUCAUGAUCUCGCUUCAACCAACCCUCCUUUAUGGUCACAGUACGGGCGCAACUGGCUGUUCAUCAUCAUGGCCAUACUUGCCCCACUGUCGUUCCUUCGGAAACUAGACAGCCUUCGGCAUACGAGCUAUAUCGCUCUGUUUUCCGUGGCAUAUCUGGUGGUGGUGGUGGUGGUGUGUUAUUUCUUCCCGCUUGAAGGUACCCCUCCUCCGGGAGAAAUCCACCUCGUGCACUUCACACCGAACUUCGUUUCAACGUUCCCGGUACAAGUCUUUGCGUACACAUGUGCGCAAAAUUUAUUCCCCAUAUACAAUGAGAUAUCCGCCAACACUCAAGAUCGCAUGAAUAUUGUCAUCGGUACUUCUAUUGGUUCAGCGAGCUUAAUAUAUGAGAUAAUAGCUAUCUUCGGCUAUCUGACAUUCGGCUCGAAGGUUGGCGCCAACAUAAUUGCCAUGUACCCAUCGACCUCCCUAUUUAUCGCCAUCGGGCAGCUAGCCAUCGCCAUUUUAGUGAUGUUCUCAUAUCCACUGCAGGUACAUCCAUGCCGCAACUGCCUGGAUAAGGUGUUCCACUGGGGGCACGCGCAGAAACAGCUGACGGAACUCGAGGACGAUGAAGUGGAGGACGAGUAUGGAGACUCCGAGAUGAGUCCACUGAAACACACUCUGCUGACCGUUGCCAUCGUUGCGAGUGGGUUUUCCAUUGCUUAUUUUGUGGACGAUCUGCAGAUGGUGCUGUCAUUCGUGGGUUCUACCGGAUCAACGACAAUUUCCUUCAUCCUGCCCGGUUUCUUCUACUGGAAGCUCACACAGAACGAUCCAGGUGCGAACAAGCUCAUGACAAGAGCGGCCCUUGGGCUGGCCAUCUAUGGAAUUUUUAUCUUCGUAUUCUGCCUGAGUUUUAACAUCUAUCAAGUUAUGACAGUAACUCAGUCUGUACAUUAA